CAGAAGGGCUUCGUUAUAUUGCCGUCACGAAGAAUUUAUCGCGGUCAACCGUCAACAUGAUACUGGCCCUACUUCGAAGAAAACUAAAUGUGUUGCUGCCAACGGAUUCGCGCACCUUGCUGAAAACGCCUUCCCAAAUUUCCGUCGACGGAUUACCGCUUCAUAAUAGUUCGGCAAGGCAACUAUGGCCGAUUCUUAUGAAGGUUGAGGAACUGCCAGAAGCCCCGGUAAUGUUAGUUGGGACAUAUUGCGGAUACACCAAGCCGGACAACAUCGAGCAGUAUUUGCGGCCACUCGUGACGGAAAUAAAUGAACUGCAUGAGAGAGGUUUGAUGUUCGGCGAUAAAAUGGUGCAUACUAAACUAUGUAUGUUUAUCACGGAUUCACCUGCUCGCUGUUUUGUCAACGCUACCAUUAUCUUCGUUGGAAAACAUAGCUGCCUGAAAUGUUCCUGCGUUGGAGUGCACGAAGCGAACAAGAAACAAUUUUAGCAUCGAUUACCUUUGGACCAACAGAAGCAACUUCCUGAAACAGCCGUAAAAUGUUGGUCUUAUCAUAAAACGGAAUUUUUGGAUUAGGCCGGCCAUCCCCACUUCAACUGCAUUUUGUCAAAAACAUUUGACAAAACAAUGCGUACAAUAACUCGUGUAACCUCUGCUUGUAGAAGGUAACUAAAAUUGCACUACACAUUCGCGUUUUUACCUCGUCAUAAAACUCCGCACAUGAAAACUUUUCAUUGAACGCUUCAUAUCUUCUUCCGACGUUAUUUUUUCCAUUACAGAUCCAGUAUCGAUGUUUGAUGACGACGGCGCCAGUACUACCCAGUUAUCAAUAAGAUGAUCUAGUUGGCAUUUCAUUGUGACCACUGCACUCAUCGUUUUGGAUACGUUCUUCAUAUUUUCAUCCAACUUUAGCUGCAUGUGGUUUAAUGUCAUCAAAAUUCGGUCCAACUUUUCUUCGACAGACGUUGAUCGAUUAGCGGCUGGUUGUUCGCUACCCUGGUUUGCCAUCGCUUCUGAUUGUGCUACGGUUGAAAUACUCGCUAAUUAUCAUUUAUUGUUCACACACGUUCGUUUUUCAUAACUAUUAUACCUUUUCUAAUUUCAGUACAAAUUUCACUGCUAGUUAAACGCAAUCAAUAUUUUGUUUUGAUCGACCAGCUGCUGUAAACAUUCUGAAUAAAA